UGUAAAUCCGCACGCCUGGCACGUCUUCUUCAUUAACACGCAGGACUUCUUACUGCUUUUCAACCUACCCGUUUAUAAAGUAAGAAGGUCAAGCUAUUUGUCGCAAUUUGCCACGUUAAAAUAGAACCUACUAUUUGAUAAUACAUUGCAUGGUGAGUCAACGAUUCUUACCAUUAUACGGUUAAGUCUGGAAACGUAGUAUAAAUUGUUCGAGUUUUGAGUUAAAAAGCCACAAUGAAGACCAAAUUUAUCAACGGGGUUUCGGCUUCCCCCUCUAUGGCGUUGGGUUUACUGGUGAGCGAGAACGCCUUGCAGGUUCAGCCCGAUGCUCAGGAGGACUGCAAAGAGCAGGUUCGCCCCGAGUCUCCCGACCAGGACACGCGGUUAAAUGCUUAUCUCUGGUGUAAGGAGUUCCUCAAUGGGUCCUGGAAAACCCUGGCGGAGGACGACUUUGACAUCACCAUUAUAAGGGGUGGGCUGAGUAACAAGCUUUUCCUAUGCAGCCUCCCAGACAGUGUUGACACUGUGGGGGAUGAGCCAAGGAGCAUUCUACUGCGCCUUUAUGGGGCCAUCCUGCAGAUGUCCUGUAAUAAAGGCGAAUCCCAACAGUCAGACAAAGAGAAUCAUUUUCAAGGGGCUGAGGCCAUGGUGCUGGAAAGUGUGAUGUUUGCAAUCCUGGCUGAGAGGGAAUUGGGACCGAAACUCUACGGUAUUUUCCCUCAAGGACGACUGGAGCAGUAUGUGCCUAGUCGAAAGCUGGAAACCUGUGAACUGAGUGACACGAGCAUUUCGGCAGAGGUUGCAGAGAAAAUGGCCAAAUUUCAUGGAAUGAGGAUGCCUUUUAACAAGGAGCCCAAAUGGUUGUUUGGAACCAUGGACAAGUACUUAAGCCAAGUCAUGAGGCUCAACUUCACUCGAGAGUCUCACCUGUGGCGUUUUAACCGCUUGCUCAACUACAACCUUCUGCAAGAAAUGGAUUGGCUCAAGUCUCUGCUGGAGUCCACCCAUUCACCAGUGGUGUUUUGCCACAAUGAUUGUCAAGAAGGAAACAUCUUGCUUCUAAAAGACCGCCAUCAGUCGGACAAACAGAAGUUGAUGCUCAUUGACUUUGAGUACAGUAGCUACAACUAUAGGGGAUUUGAUAUCGGCAACCAUUUCUGUGAAUGGAUGUAUGAUUACAACUGUGAUGAGUUCCCUUUCUUCAAAGUGAAUGCUAAGGCUUAUCCAUCCAAGGCUCAGCAGCUUCACUUCAUUGAAAAUUACUUGCGUGCUUCUGAUCAAGGAUUUGACAAGCUUAGUCAAGAGGACCAGACAAAAAUGAAGGAAGAGCUUUACAUAGAGGUCAACAGGUUCUCUCUUGCAUCCCACUUCUUUUGGGGAUUGUGGUCAAUUAUCCAGGCACGUCUCUCCACCAUUAAAUUUGGUUAUUUGGAGUAUGCCAUGGACAGAUUUGAAGCCUACUUCCAGCAGAAGAAAAUCUGGGCCGUCUAGUGAAGGGAGAAGACUCUCUGCAAACUAUUUCGGCUGAGGGAGGUCAUACUAGCUGAUACAGAUUCCAUGCUUUACUUACACUCUCCCACAAGAGUAUUUGCUGGCUGCUCUUAGUGGUGAUGCUGCCAAAUUCAAGUCCGGGUGCUAGUAAACACCCCACACUGUGCUGCAGCUGAAAGUUUCAACUGCCCACUGACCAUUCAUCUGGUCAAGGUAUCUGCAUUGCUCAUAUUAAUAUGACUAAUCUAGGCUGUGUCUAAAGCAGGUGGAAAAUGGAUUCCAGUUGAAGCUAGGCUGGACACAUUAACAUUGCAUCAAUGUAUAUGUAUUGAUCAUUCCGUGAGAAAGAGCCGAAAUGUCAACUCGCUUUGGUAGAUUUCUGCUUACCGAAGCAUCCAGCUAUGUAUAUUAUAUAUAGACUUCAUGUACCAGUAACCUGGCACUCUUUGUUACUAAUGGGCUGUCUAGCUGGUGGCAUUAUGACUUGACAUUAUACAGUUGGUGUACAUGCAAUUAUAUUUUUCAAGGGCAGUUUACGCUGUUAUUUUGGCCAGAGAAAGAGAUGGUGUAUUUCCAUGUAUGAGUUGUCGUGGGUGAACACUAUACCGUUCAAAGCAUCAAUGUGAAACCGUCGUACAUUACUUAUACAGUAUUAUAUUUUGUCAGUUUAUGUAAUAGCACACUAACUUUGGCAUUGAUCUGCGCUCAGCUAGGAUGAAUUUGGAUAACUGAAAUGGUUAAAAAAAUACCUGUCGUGACAGCUCACCUGCAAUAUUCCGUACAUCAUGACCUCGAUCGUUUUUCCUAUUCUCCGCUCUGUCAGGUAAUUGAAGUAAAUGAUAUGCAAUAAAGAAAAGUUUUGCAGCACAUCUAUUACAGUUCCAUGGAAAAUGAAUGAUAGAUUAUUAUUUUCAUUUUCCGCAGCAGGACAGUAGAAAAAUUGUUUUGGAAAUGGAAAAAAAGCCAAAACAUACUGUACAAAUUUCAGUGUUAAUAAUAGCUGGCAAACGAACCAAAACAACAGUUUGCGAAACUUUGAGAAGACAUCUAAUUUGGUCCUGCUACUCAAAAUUAUCAAAAAGUUUCCUUAAUAUUUUACAAUUAAGUUGAACUGCUGUGUACUUUAUGCAGCUUUGUGCUGAAAGCUGCACAAAUACCUCAAAAUACUUCAAUGUUUUCAUACAGUACAACUGUGUAAGAACAUGCGGAAAUUUCAUUACCGUAACUGUCAACUACUAGAACUGCAUUUUCUCUUCUGUAAUGUAAAGUAACACUUUAAAAAUAUGAUUCAAACCUCGCUUAGUAUCGCAAAAACCUGUCAAAGAGGGCAAAUCUGCAUUAAGUUUAUGUACAUUAUACAACAAUAUGCACGAUUCUUUGUUUUGUGAGCCACUGAGUUUCACUUUAGAACCCCCUAAAAUGUGAUUCCUUAAAGCAUACUGUUGGCAUUACCUCAAAUUAUUUCUGUAAGAGUUUUUGCUCUUAAUAUAUGAUUUGUUCUCAUCAGAAUCUACUGUACAUGUCAGCUGAUGCUGGAACUAUCCAAAAGUGAACGUCCAGUGUAGCACUUUUGAUCUUGAAGGAGUAAAGAGCGAAAGAGAAAAAAAUACUACGUAUGCAUAGACUUCAUAGUAUAUUACGAAGUCUAUGGUCAGUGUUAAACUGGGAUUCAUUUGAUUUGUAAAACUGUUUCAUUUUGCAUGCAGUUGUUUUUUUAUUUGUUUUGCAUUCAUCCUUUUUUUUUUUUUAAAUGGUAUAUGUAGUUGAUUUUAUUUGGUGAUGCAGUGGAAUUGAGAGAGCACCAGAGUAUGUUCCAUGAUACUAAAAAUGAAGAUUGAGCCAGUUCUUUUUUGUUGUUGUUGUUGUUACAUUCAGUAUAACGUCUGGUAAUUUUUCUGUAAUUUCUCUGCAUUACAUGAUGUAUACACUUGGAGAAUAAUAUGUAGAAUGGUUUCCCUUUUAAUUUUGGGACAAGUAAUUAACGUCAGUAUGUUAUCACAAUAAUGAAUCAUUUUGUUGCCUUCUUUUAUUUAAUCUACAAUACAUUCGUGUUCGUCACAUUCUCUAUAAACCUUGCACCAUGAUAAAGUCACAUCAACUAUCUUUAUUACCUGUAUGUUGUUGAAUAAAAUGCCUGUAUGUUGUUGAAUUAAAUGCAGUGAGACCAGAUUUA